CACCGGAACCAUCGGCGCUGUCCUUGUGUUCGCACGGAAUUGUUUGCCUGUCUGCCCGAUUUGUGCAACACGGCAUUGUGUCCUCAUGCUCGCGGCCCCGCAGUUAUCCGGUGUUAAAAUCUCGUUUUCCCGUGAAGAUUAAAGCGCCCAGCCCGCCUUCAGCCCGACCCCAGCACGCCUUCGGCCGCCCUGAGCCCGCCCGGGAUUAUUCAGCGCAGCGGGGAUUAAUAACGGCGGACGGAGCGCCGCCGGCUCGGACUAUGCUAAGCUAGGCUAGGCUAGGCUAGUCCGGCUUCGCCUUCAGCGGCUCCGCGACUGGAACUCCUCCUCUUCAUCCUCCUCAUCAUCAUCAACUCAGCGGUAAUCAGCCUCGGAGCACCAGCAGGAUGAAGACGUUCUCGGUCUCACACAAGACGGUGAUCGUGGUCGAUCACUGUCCCUACAUGGCCGAGUCCAGCAGGCAGCAGAUCGAAUGUGACAUGCUGACCAAGAGUCGAGCUCAGGGCGUGAUCCCGUUGGCUCCCGUCUCCAAAUCUCUCUGGACGUGCGCUGUGGAGUGCUCCAUGGAGUAUUUACGUAUUCUCUAUGACAUCUACCCUGCGAGGAAACUCGUGAAUUACAUUGUUAGUGAUUCAGAAUUCCACAUCCUGAAUAGUUGGAGACAGGAGGACCAGAGCGUUCAAGAGCUGAUGUCUGCGCUGGCGGCUGUAGGGCCGCCCAACCCGCGCGAGGAUCCAGAAUGCUGCAGCAUCUUGCACGGGCUGGUGGCAGCGGUGGAGUCGCUCUGCAAGAUUACAGAAUACCAGCACGAGUCACGGACCACUCUGAUGGACAUGGCUGAACGAGUGGCCAACAGGGGGCGCAUCAUCUGUCUCACUAAUGCGAAGAGUGACACACACGUGCGGAUGCUGGAGGACUGUGUGCUGGAAACUAUCCAGGAGCAGAACAAGCUGGCUGCUGGAUCUGACAGACUCAUGCCCAUCCAGCAGUGUGAGCUGGUGCUCGUCCAUAUUUACCCACAAGGAGACGACACGCUGGUGUCAGACCGGCCGAAGAAGGAGAUCUCGUCUGUUCUGAACAGUGAGGUGCACAGCGUACGCGCCGGGAGACACCUGGCCUCCAAACUCAACGUGCUGGUCCAGCAGCACUUCGACCUGGCCUCCACCACCAUCACCAACAUACCAAUGAAGCCUACAUUAAAUGUCUGUGAGCAGGAGGAGCAACAUGCAAAUACCUCUGCUAACUAUGACGUGGAGCUUCUACACCAUCGAGACGCUCACAUAGAGUUCAUCAAGAGCGGUGAUCUGCACAUGGCGGGCAGCACCAGCAGGGACAGCGGUCUAAAGGAGACGGUCACGCUGAAAUGGUGCACCCCACGCACUAACAGUGUAGAGUUGCAUUACUGCACCGGAGCGUUUCGGAUCUCUCCCGUGGACGUCAACAGCAGACCCUCCUCGUGCCUCACUAACUUCCUUCUAAAUGGUCGUUCGGUACUUUUAGAGCAGCCCCGCAAAUCUGGGUCGAAGGUGAUCAGUCACAUGCUGAGCUGCCACGGCGGGGAGAUUUUCCUGCACACGCUCAACAGCACCCGAUCCACGCUGGAGGAUCCGCCUUCCAUCAGCGAGGGCUGUGGAGGUCGAGUCACCGACUACCGCAUCACCGACUUUGGGGAGUUCAUGAGGGAGAAUCGUCUCACUCCGUUUCCCGACAUGCCCGUAGACGCUGCUGGCCGAGCGCCGUUUGAACGAGCCAAAGCCCAGCUGGAGCGCCACACUCGUUACUGGCCCAUGAUCAUUUCCCAAACUACCAUCUUCAACAUGCAGGCAGUGGUUCCUUUAGCAAACCUGAUAGUUAAAGAUAGUAUGACGGAGGAUGAUCUUCUGACGUGCCAAAAGACUGUGUACAAUCUAGUGGACAUGGAAAGGAAAAACGAUCCUUUACCCAUCUCUACAGUGGGCUCCAGGGGCAAAGGACCUAAAAGGGAUGAGCAGUAUCGGAUCAUGUGGAACGAGCUGGAGACUCUGGUAAAGACUCACGUUGGAACCAGUGAGAGACACCAGCAAGUCCUGGAGUGCAUCAGCGCCUGCCGGAGCAAACCUCCCGAAGAGGAAGAAAGGAAAAAGCGAGGGAGGAAAAGGGAAGACAAAGAGGAUAAAACGGAGAAGAACGGUAAAGAGUCGGAGGAGAAAGGAUGGGCUCCAGACUCUGAAAGGCUGAAGGGGGCAAUAGAGCGAGAGAAAGAGGAACAGAGUGAAUCCGAGGUCAUCAAAGAUUCUCCUGACUCUCCAGAACCGUUCAAUAAGAAACCCCGGCUUGCCACAGAGGAGCUUCUGUCUCUGGAGAAAUCGAAAGGCCCCGUCUCCCUGCUGAGCCUUUGGACCAGCAGAAUCACCCAAGCCAACUCCAGAAAGCACCAAGAGUUUGCUGGACGAAUCAAUUCUGUCAAUAACAAAGCAGAACUGUACCAACACCUGAAAGACGAGAACGGGAUGGACGUGCAUGAGAACGGGAAAGCUACCAGAUGAUGUGAUGUACAGGACAUUCCCCUCUGUCUUCUGUUGAGUCAUUGAUUUCCUGAAGGGAUACGAUGAUGAUGACGGUGUCGCUUUGAAUGAAGUAUGCCGGGACCGUUGCUGCGUGGAAGAGGAAGAGCUUUUUUAAAACUCACAAGUUUGUAUAAAGAAACUGAGAAACAAUAAAAGGCCGACAGAGCCGAUGCGUUUAGCCGCGUUUCUCUUCAGGCCUUUUCUCAAUGGAAAUUCCGCUGUAUUUCACUCACAUCUGCAUAUUCGGUGAUGCUAAAUGACCCGUAUCCUACAUGUUUAUUAUAUUUCCAUUUUCCUUCUGUGGUCCAAUCAUGACAUUUGUCUCAGAUUGUCUAACAAAAAUAGUCAAAUCAUUAAUUUCUGCGUUUUCCAGCCUCUCCUUGUCGCUUAGACUCAAGCAGGCUGUUUUAUUAUUGUCCUUUUAAGACUGAUGUAUGUAAAUGACCUCAGUUCUGAUUGGCUGCCUCCUUCACAAAGUGCUGAAACACUCCUUAUAACUUCACUGUCAGUGGGCGGAGUUUAACUGCCAUAGCCAGAACAGGAGGGUCGACAUAAAUGCAUUGAGUUUUGUUACAUGACAAAAAUGCAAAUUCCCUCUCGGCUGUUUUUGCAGAUUAGUUUCUGUACGUGGACUUAUGGACUGUGAAUGGUACUUUUUGAGACUUUAACAUUGUUUACAUGCAUCAAACUCUUAUUAAAAAAGAAAAAAGCUAAAUCA